AUGGAAAGAACAAAGGAAAACGUCUGCAAUUAUCAGCUUAGCAGGGAGCGGGGUCACCUGACACGACCACACAUCUGCAUCAAUACAUCUACAUCAACACCUCUACAUCAACACAUCUACAUCAACACAUCUGCAUCAACACAUCUACAUCAACACAUCUACAUCAACACAUCUACAUCAACACAUCUACAUCAACACAUCUGCAUCAACACAUCUACAUCAACACAUCUACAUCAACACAUCUACAUCAACACAUCUGCAUCAACACAUCUACAUCAACACAUCUACAUCAACACAUCUACAUCAACACAUCUACAUCAACACAUCUACAUCAACACAUCUACAUCAACACAUCUGCAUCAACACAUCUGCAUCAACACAUCUACAUCAACACAUCUACAUCAACACAUCUACAUCAACACAUCUACAUCAACACAUCUACAUCAACACAUCUACAUCAACACAUCUACAUCAACACAUCUACAUCAACACAUCUACAUCAACACAUCUACAUCAACACAUCUACAUCAACACAUCUACAUCAACACCUCUGCAUCAACACAUCUACAUCAACACAUCUGCAUCAACACAUCUGCAUCAACACAUCUGCAUCAACACAUCUGCAUCAACACAUCUGCAUCAACACAUCUACAUCAACACAUCUACAUCAACACAUCUACAUCAACACAUCUGCAUCAACACAUCUACAUUCAUGGUGUUACAUAUGUACGUCUUGUCUGA